GAGCGCGCGGCGCGCGCAGGAAUGCGCGUUACGGUUAAAUAGUGGGGGCGCAGGGGCGGCCGCCGCGGGCGGGCGGCGGUGGCUCGGGGCGCCGGGAGAGGCUCCAUGGCGCGGCGCAGCUCCCGGGGCGGCGGCACCAGCGGCAGAGGCGGCGCGGCGCUGUUGUGACAGCGGCUGGGACUGGCCUUCCUCCAGCCCCGCUCCCGAGCGGGGGCCCCGCGCCGGUGUCCCAGGGGCGCGGCGGCGGCGCUCACAGAGAGGAGCCGUGGCGGCGGCGGCAGCGGCGGCCGGGGGCAGCCCGCGUGUCACCGCCUCUAUGAUGAAAUUCAAGCCGAACCAGACGCGGACGUACGACCGGGAGGGCUACAAGAAGCGGGCGGCGUGCCUGUGCUUCCGCAGCGAGCGGGAGGACGAGGUGCUGUUGGUGAGCAGUAGCCGGUACCCAGAUCAGUGGAUUGUACCAGGUGGAGGAAUGGAACCAGAGGAAGAGCCAGGGGGAGCAGCCGUGAGAGAGGUGUAUGAAGAGGCUGGAGUAAAGGGAAAGCUAGGCAGACUUCUUGGGAUAUUUGAGCAGAACCAGGAUCGGAAGCAUAGGACGUAUGUUUAUGUUCUUACUGUGACGGAAAUCCUGGAAGACUGGGAAGAUUCAGUUAAUAUAGGAAGGAAAAGAGAAUGGUUCAAAGUAGAAGAUGCAAUCAAGGUCCUUCAGUGUCACAAGCCGGUUCAUGCAGAAUACUUGGAAAAACUGAAACUGAGCUGUUCACCCACUAAUGGAAACUCUGUGGUUCCCCCUCUUCCAGAUAAUAACUCCUUAUAUGUCACUUCUGCACAGACUUCUGGGUUGCCCUCUACUGUGAGAUAAGCAUUUGGAUUACCUUUUUAUUUGUGUCAUCACAACAGGAGACAUCUGUGAUCACAUGUAGGCAUCUGUAUAACUGUCAGUUCUAAGUGAAAUAUGUGAAUGUGUCAUAAUGUCAAAUUUAUUUGAACAUGUUUUUCUUUUAACAAUGUAAAGUAGUAUUUCAGCAAACCAAAGCCAUAUAGGGAUUUUUUAAAAAUGCCUUAAUAGGCCAUUAAAAAAAAAACUUGACUAUAUAAAUUUAUAAAUUUACAUAUCUGCUAAAAUAAAAUAUGCAUCUCAGUGGUGUUCA